UUCACAUGAUGGCUCGUGUAUCGUAUUGUUUGCAAAUGAAAUAUUGGGAUAUGAUGACCGAGAUAGUGUUACAGCAAAGAUUACAAUAAAGAGACAUAUUACUGAUGAUACAGAGAAUAUCUUUUCUUUGUAA